AAGAAGGAAGAGGGGGACAUCAGAGUGAAGGUGUUUGUCUUCUCGCAUAACCAGUACGCAGGACGGAGCCCUGCUCUCCUGGAGAUGGCUGAGCACCUGCCUGACCAUGGUGCUACCAAUGACAGUUCUACCAAUGCUUUAAUGGAAAAGCUGCGUUUAAAAUAUCAGCAAAGACCAUGGACUGAAACUCUGAAACUUGUCCAUUUUUGCAUGGAUAAGCCACGUCAGCCUGACAGCAAUGCUCCAGAUGGUCCAUUGCUCUCUUGCAUGGAGAAGAUACAGAGGAUGAUAAAUGCUAAACCUUUGUUUUCUGUGAUGAACAGAUUGGAAUCUUUAUCCAAACAAAAAGGGCUUAAUGCUCAUGUUAGCCCCAGUGGGACUACCUGCUACGUAACAUCAAACAUGUUUUAUGUAGAAGUUCAGCUGGAGAUGGAUGGAAAGGUGGUGGAUGUGAAGUUAGCUCACCUUGGAGAUGCUCCUGUGGUUUGCGAUGACAUGGCACAGCAUCUAAGGAUGAAGAACUAUGAUGCCUUUGGAAAGAUUCUAGAAGAGCUGUCAAAUAUGUAUCAAAUUCCAGGAGACAGUGAAAUGAAAGCUAAGGGAUACCAUGCUUUGCAGGCCCUUGAAAGAGAUCUCUAUUCAAUGUCUCUUCUGCACAGAUCAGAGGAUGUAAACAGAGUCAUAGAAGUACUUCAUGGAAAAGUAGGACACCUGGUGCCAAGAGCUGGAGGAACACCUAUGAACAUUGAAUUUUAUAUUUCUCCUUAUCAAAUUUUGGAAGAAGAACUAAAUCCUGGUUCCCAGGUAUGUGGAACAAAGACAGCUGUAACUGUUGAAGGCACAGAUACGCUCCACAAACUUUCUCUUUCUCCACUGCUUGCAGAUUCUCAAGGCGGAGAGGAUGGCAACCCUGUUUUUUUGCCACUGACUGAUGAACUCAGCAUGGAUUUGCCAGCUUUCUUUGUGUUGAAGUUUCACCAGCCUAUUCCUAUGUCCUUAUCCAGUAUUGAAAUGAUACAGAGGCUGACAGGAAUUCAGAUUACUGGCUUGAAACUAGCUCCUCUGUAUGAACUGAUUGUUCAGUCUACCCUUAAAGAGAAAGGCAGUGAAGAUGUGUCUACAUACAAAUCCCAUUUCUUUGUGUCUCUUCCAGAUUGCCCAAAGCACUGCUACUUCAUAAACAAUGGCUCAGAAAAAUCAGAUUUAGGAGGUGCCUUGGUCAGUAAAAUCCCAUUUAGCCAUCCACAGAGUGUGCCUGGUGUAAUAGAGAUUCUUCGACAUCAAGUGGCAUAUAACAGUCUUAUUAGCAGCUGUGUCUCUGAUAAGCAUAUAAAUGAAGAUGGUACAGAACUGCUUUACUUUGAAGUGGCACCACACAAGAACACCAGCUUUUCUGUCUUUUUCCCUCAUCCCGUGAAUGAGAAUUUAGCCUCUGUGACAAUUGAUGUUAUAACCUCCAGAGAAAUCCAAUGUCACCUUCAUUUAAAUCCUCAAGACCCAACUCUCAAUUCUAGUGAUGACUUUAUAACAAGAGCUGUGAAGCGUUGCAUGUCAGUCCCAGUUGUCAUGAGAGCUAUUUUCAGGAAUGCUGCCAAGGUGAAAGCUGCCAGCGAAAUACAAGAUGUGAAAGCAGACAUGAAACAGAAACCUGAACCACCAUGUGAGCAAGUUACACAUUCUGAUAGUCCCGAAGACAGUCUUUCUGUGGCUGGUCAGCAAGAUUUGGUAGUGACGGAUAAGCCAAGUAUUACAGACAGCGCAAAAGAAAAUCCCUCCACAGCCAAACUGGAAACUCUGGGUGAUAACACAGAAAAAAGUAACCCCACAGUAAGUACAGAAGCUUUGUGUGGAGCAGAGGAAAGUAAUUCCACAGCUAGUACAGAAGCUGUUAUGAUAGAUAAGAAAAACACACAAUCUAUUGUUUGA